AUGCGCUGGUCGCUUCUACUCCCCGUCUUUUCCCUUCUUUCCGUCGUUUCUUCCUCAGAUUCAAAGGGAACCUGUGCUAUCUACGGCAAUUGUGGUAAGAAACUGGUUUUUGGUGGUCUGCUUCCUUGCGUCGAACGAAUUGCUGCUCCGAAACCGUCUCAAGAGACAGUUGAUCUUCUCUACAAAGUUUGCGGUGCAGACUUCCCUAUAGAAUCGGGGUUAUGUUGCUCUUUUGAUCAAUUGACAACGCUAGAGCUGAACUUAAAACGUGUCGACCCGUUAAUAAGUUCAUGUCCCGCCUGCCGGAAGAACUUCUACGAUUUUUUCUGUAAAUUCACUUGUUCUGGUGCUCAGGGUACGUUUGUGAAUGUAACAAGAACAGGCACUGCUAUCGAUACAGGCAAGGAAAUCGUGGCGGAGCUUUCCAUCUUCACCGAUCCUAAGUAUGCCGAGCAAUUCUAUGACUCCUGUAAAAAUGUGAAAUUUUCAGCCACUAAUGGUUAUGCUAUGGACUUGAUUGGUGGUGGAGCUAAAAACUACUCUCAGUUUCUCAAGUUUUUGGGUGACGAAAAGCCUCUUUUGGGUGGAUCGCCAUUCCAAAUCAAUUAUAAAUAUGAACUUCCUCCAAAGACCCCAUUUGUGCUCAAUUCGGGGUCAAUGAAGCCUUGCGACGAUCCUGAGUUCAAGUGUGCUUGCUCUGAUUGUCCACUGUCGUGCCCAACACUUCCUGAAUUCCGCUCGUAUCAAGAUCGGUGCACUGUAGCUGGAUUGCCUUGCUUUUCGUUUGUAGUAAUUGUUCUUUGGCUCCUUCUCUUCGCAGCUAUUGGUGGAUACCAUGUCUACCUUGCCAGAACAAAACGCGCUCAAUUUCAACGCUUGAAUCAGAUCUUGAGCGGUGAAAUUCACAACUCCGAAAAUGAAACAGACGAUCAGGCCCACUUUUCAUCCCGUGAUUCUUCGACAGUAGUGGGCUUGAGUGCAAUGCAGGUGUGGAUUAUCAGAGCUCGUGAGUGGAUAAUGGACUCUCUUAAAAAUGGAUUCUAUAAGUUAGCAUACUUCUGCGCGGAGCAUCCAGCAGUCGUAAUUAUCUCUUCAGUAGCAAUAUGCCUUCUUUGCUGCACUGGUAUCAAACAAUUGGAGUGGGAGACGCAGCCGGUAAAUUUAUGGGUAAGCGAAAAUGAGCCAGCACUCAAAAAUCUCCAGUACUUUGAAUCUGAAUUUGGAGAAUGGUUUAGAAUCGAACAGCUUAUCAUAAGUAAUGCCAAUGCUUCAUCGCCAGUUCUCUCAUGGGAUACUGUACAAUGGUGGUUCGAAAAAGAGCUCGAUUUGCAAGAGUUGACCAAUGAAAAAGGCGAGAAAGUGCUUUUUGACAAGCUCUGCUUCAAACCACUUGAUGAAACAUGCGCUAUACAGUCAUUCACCCAGUACUUCCAGGGAAACAUAGCCUAUUUGAACAAAGAUACCUGGGCUCAAGAAAUACAAGCAUGCACAAGAUCUCCUGUGAAUUGUUUGCCAUCGUUCCAACAGCCUUUGAAGCCGUCACUUUUAUUUUCUGAUGACAAAGUCUUAGACUCUGAGGCAUUCGUGGUCACUCUUUUAAUCAACAACCACCUGGAUGAUGAGAAGUACACGAACUAUGCCGUUUCUUACGAGAAGGCAUUACAAAAAUGGAUCAAGAAGAUUCAAGAUGAGAAGCCAAACCUCAAUAUCUCGUACAGUACCGAAGUUUCGCUAGAGGAAGAACUCAAUAAAUCGACAAACACAGACAUCAAGAUUGUCGUUGUAUCGUACAUCGCUAUGUUCAUUUAUGCGUCCUUGGCUCUUGGCGGCCGAAUUCCAUCCUCAUUCGAUAAGAAACAUCUUGUCCGCACUCGAUUUCAAUUGGGCCUGUUGGGUAUCAUGAUUAUUUUGGCUGCGGUAGCGUCUUCAGUGGGAAUUUGUGCCUAUUUCCAAAUCAAGUCUACCCUUAUCAUUGCAGAAGUUAUCCCAUUUUUAAUUUUAGCAGUUGGAGUGGACAAUAUAUUCUUGAUUGUUCAUGAGCUUCAUGUCAUCAGUGAAAAUAAUCCUCAACAGUCUAUAAGCGAAAGAAUUGCCUUGUCUAUGGCCAGAAUUGGCCCUUCCUGUUUCAUCAGUGCCUUGAUUCAAUUCCUGAUGUUCUUCCUUGCUUCCACAGUUCAGAUGCCUGCGGUUAGAAACUUUGCCUUCUAUUCAGCUGGUGCCGUGUUUAUCAACUUUUCUCUCCAAAUGACACUCUUCAUCUCAUUUUUGACGAUUGAUCAAAAACGUCUAGAGGAGGGUCGUAUGGAUUGUCUCCCAUGGAUUACUGUCCAAAAGCAAAUUCUGCUCCUGGAGUCUACUCAGGCAAUUGAGUACGAUUUCUCGCUGUUCAUAGAGAAAAAGUACUCUCCAUGGCUAUUGAAGCCUUCCAACAAAAGAAAGAUCUUCACAGCAUUUUUAGCUUGGCUUGGAAUAUCAUUAGCCUUGCUUCCAUCCAUUCAAUUGGGCCUCGAUCAACGACUUGCAUUGCCUGCUGACUCCUACUUGGUGGAUUACUUCAAUUCUGUUUACCAGUAUUUGAACGUCGGUCCACCAAUUUUUUUCGUUGUCAAAGAUUCGGAUCUUACCCUGAGAUCUGCACAACAAGAGUUCUGUGGUAAAUUUUCUACUUGUGAAGAGUUUUCGAUUGCGAAUGUAUUGGAACAAGAGUAUAAGAGAGGCACUGUGUCCACAAUUGCAGAGCCAGCUUCGAGUUGGCUAGACGAUUUCUUCGCAUGGAUGAACCCAGAUCUUGACCAGUGCUGUCGAUUCGAGAAGAAUGCUAUUGGUGACCGCUUCUGUUCGCCAUAUGCCUCCCCGCGUCAAUGCGUUCCAUGUUAUGCCGACCACGAGCCACCAUACAACAUUCUGAUGGAAGCAUUUCCGACUGGCAGUGAGUUUAUGAAGUUUUUCAGACAAUGGAUAGAAGAGCCCAGUGAUCCAUGUCCCUUGGGUGGCAAAGCACCAUAUUCAUCUUCCAUAAGCUACAAUGAAACUGCUAUUAAAAGCAGCUACUUGCGCACAAGUCAUAAGCCAUUGAGGUCACAGGAAGACUUCAUAGUUGCUUAUGAGAACGCCUUACGAAUUGUUGACGAGAUCAAAGAGCACUCACCACAAGAACUCGAUCUAUUUGCAUUCUCUCCAUUCUACAUUUUCUUUGUUCAGUAUAGAACGAUCGUAUCGCUAACUUUUACUCUAUUGGCGAUUGCUGGGCUUCUGAUUUGGGCUGUAAGCACCUUAUUGUUAGGGCUGAUGCGGGUGGCAUCAAUUCUCACGGCCGUAGUGGCAGUGAUUAUGGUCAACAUUGGAGGAAUAAUGGCGCUUUGGGACAUCUCUCUCAAUGCUGUGUCAUUGGUCAAUCUUGUGAUUUGUGUUGGGUUGGCAGUUGAGUUUACUGUGCAUAUUUCAAGAGCGUACUUGGUAGUGAACGACGAGACGGACGAAGACCAGAUUUACGAAGGGUUUUUGGGCUACGAGGGCCAAGGUGAGCAAGACAAGAAAACAGCGCUUGCCUCAGCAGCGCUUUGCAAAGUUGGCGGUUCAGUUUUGGGAGGUAUCACUAUGACCAAAUUGAUCGGAAUAUUUAUUCUAGCAUUCACACAAUCGCGUAUCUUUGAGGUUUACUAUUUCCGGAUGUGGCUUUCACUUGUUGCAAUCGCAUCGGUGCACGCGCUAGUUCUUCUUCCGAUUCUUUUGAGUAUGUUCGGACCUGAGUGA